CUUCACGAAUCAAACCCUCUUUGGGCCCGAAUGCUACUUCCUCCCAUCUCCAUCCACUCGCCUUCUUCCAUCUCCUCAACAAGAUCAAUCCAAGUUCCUUUGAUCUCUCAGAUGUUGGGAAUGCUCCAUGGGUGCCGCAAGUGGAAAUGCAAUUUGGUAAUGAGGAUGAGGCAUAUGAGUUUUACAACAAGUAUGCAGAAAUCAUGGGGUUUAGUGUCCGCAGAUCGAAGAUGUGGACUACUUCCAAGGAUGUUCUUGCUGCCAGGACCUUUGUUUGUUCCAAGCAAGGAUUUCGGCAGAAGAAGAAGGGAUUUGAACCUAAAAAACCUCGUCCGGCAACACGGACUGGGUGCCCGGCUUGCUUGACCAUCAAGAUCACACCUACUGGUAGAUACCGGGUCACGGACUUCAUCUCAGGGCAUAAUCAUCAGCUUGCUAAUCCUUUAACGAGUCAUACUUUGAGGUCUCAUAGGCCGAAAACUAAAGGAAGGUUCUCUGAAUUGGAUUCGAUGGAGGAUCCUAAGAUGGUAGGGAGAACUUCACAGGGACAUAGUUUUCAGAAGAGCAUGGUGAAGGGGGAUGCGGGUGCGGUUUUAGAGUACCUUCAGAAAAUGCAAGUUGAGAAUCCAUUGUUUUAUUACGCCGUGCGGAUCAAUGAGAGUGAUAACAUGAGCGGGUUUUUUUGGGCUGAUGCUAAGUCAAUGAUGGAUUAUAUAUACUUUGGCGAUGUUGUUUGUUUUGAUACAACUUAUAAGACAUCUGAUUAUGGAAGGCCGUUGAUACUUUUUUUGGGUGUGAAUCAUCAUAAGCAGUUAGUGCUUUUUGGGACAGCAUUGUUGUAUGAUGGAAGCAGGGAGUCGUAUGCCUGGUUGUUUGAGACUUUCAAAACUGUAAUGCGUGGUAAACAACCAAAGGCUUUUUUGUCUGAUAGGAGUGAAGAAAUAAGUGAUGUGAUAGCUGAAGUAUGGCCUGGCGCAGCUCAGCGGCUUUGCGUUUGGCAUUUGUUUCAGAAUGCUACCAUGCAACUAAGUCAAGUCUUUGAAGGUUCAAAAACUUUUGCAUCUGAGUUCAGCCGAUGUAUCUUUGAGUGUGAAGAGGUUGAGGAAUUUGUGUCUGCAUGGGAGUCGCUGAUUGAAAAAUAUGAUCUCAAGGAUAAUGAAUGGUUGGUCAAACAAUUUGAAGAAAGAGAAAGAUGGGGCUUGCCCUUUGGGAGAGAUGUCUUUUGUGCAGACUUCAGCAGCACUUUAGUAAAGGAGAACUGGAAUACUUUCUUAAAAAAAGGCUUGGGCCAAAAUGUAGAUAUGUUGCAAUUUUUAGAGCAUUAUGAUAAAGUUGUGGAAGAACGGAGAAAUGCAGAAAUGCGAGCUGAUUUCAAUGCAUGCCAGAGUUUGCCUAGAAUUCCUAGUUUUCGAAUGUUGAAGCAGGCUGCUAGUGCAUAUACACCUGCAAUCUUUAAAGUUUUUGAAAAGGAGUUCGAAUUGCAUAUGGAUUGCAUGGUCUACAGUUGUGGUGAGAUUGGAGCAACAUCGGAUUACAAGGUUAUUGUAGAGGAGAAACCUAAACCACACUUUGUUAGAUAUGACUCAGUAACUGGUACACUUCUCUGCAGUUGCAAAAAAUUUGAGUUUGCUGGAAUCCAAUGUCGUCACGUUUUCAAGGUCCUUGACUUUAGGAAUAUUAAAGAGCUUCCUUCACAAUACAUUUUGAAGAGGUGGAGAAAGGAUGCUAAAAUUGGUACCAUAAGACAUGAUUCUGGAUAUAUAAUGGAAAAUGAUCCGAAAUCAUCUUUCGCAAGACGUUAUAAUUAUCUGUGCUAUAUACUAAGUUCAAUUGCAGCUAGAGCUGCUAAGACUACAGAAUCAUCAAACUUCAUUGAAAGCCAAAUGAAUCUACUUUCUGAACAAGUAGAGCAACUGUUACACUCAAGACCUUUCCAGAUUCCAUACUUAAUAUCUGCCACAAGCAAUGAACAAAGGGAUGUGCUUGAAAGUCUUGCUGAUAGUUUACAGCAUGAUAGCAAUGCUGAAGCUGGUUUUGUCGGUGGUGCAACAAACGGUAUCUUAGGUUUCUGACUUGAUCAUUGGCAUUAUUUGGCAACUAAUUUCAGGGUUGUUAUGUCCGACCGUCAUCCAUAGCCAAACAUGUGGUGGAUGUAAUUUCACUCUGUAGUCUGGAAACAAAGCAUUCGAGGAGUCGAGCUAUGCAUUUCAAAUGCGGCCACACUAUGAUGCAUGUUCUUCAAACUUUCUACUAUUUGAGAGAUUCAAGAUUAAAUCAUCCUUUGAUUCAUUGACGAAUUUCAGAUACAUUUAUUAGGUGCUCGGUUUUGAGGGUUAAUUUGAUAGAGAACUUCUGUCUGCACUCUUGCUUGUAGUUAUGCUUGCUCGUAUUUUCUUCACAAAUGAGUGAUGCAGCUUGGUGCUAUAGUUUUGGACUUCCCUGAGGUGAGGUUUGGUGAAAAAUGUUUACUGCAACUUUCUCAACAUUCUCUGCUGUCUUGAUUAAUUUUAUUUGAUUUAUAAUGAUGUGUAAUAACGAGGGGUAAGGUGAUGUUUUUAUUGAACCGAUGAUUGUAUGUUAUAUUAUGUGGGGAAUUUUCAUAUACAUUGCUGUAUAAACAGAAAAAGGAGAAAAGAAAAAAACAUGUGAUCCCCCCCUGUAAAUAGGAAAAAUGAAAAAUUUCAGUUCA